AUGCCUGAGGACAUGGAUGCCAAGGAAACUGAUGCAAUACCUGUUGCUGAGAGUGUAGACAUAUUUACUUCGAUCCAAAUUUUCAUUCCCCAGGGCUGGAGCCAUAGCUUCGAAAUUAGGAUCCUGAGUAGUAACAAGCAAGAUACACUGCCAAAUAGUCAACAUGUGAGAGAAACAUGGGCGAAAAACCCUGUCCAUCAUAAUUCGGCAGCUGUCGGACAUGCUGAUGGGACCUUUUCUCAACAGUCAUUACUGCCCAACGACAUAUACCAAGCCAUCUCCACAGGGACUGUCUGUGGAGAUCGGAGUAUGGGUACCGUGAACUGUCACGUUCCACGGCUCCAAGCGUCUGAUCGUCUAAUCAACUUGACCUACGAGGGUCUUCACACCUUCCCGUCCCACUACCCGAGUGCCGCUGGCAUCGAGCAGCGUGCCACAAAGGUGGACACUGUGGGAUCGGUUGAUCCAUCUAGCCGACGACCUAGCGUCUAUCUCGAUCCCCCUAGAAUUUACUUCACCUGUCUUGACCCGAUCAACGUCAAGACUCUGGGGGGCAAACCUCCUUUUUCAAUGACUUUCGGAACUUCCAGGGCAUCUACACAAGCUGACCCAGUUCAGAGCACGUCGACGCCGGUCCACAGCCCAUCCGAUUCACCCUGGAGGAGGACUACGGCCGCACUGACCCCAUCUUCCUCGUCAACCAAGACUAAGACUAUCCCUUUUACACGAGAACAACCCCCACACCAAGCGUCUUUGAUUCCAAGGCCAAAAUCAUCGCCCCAAACCGUUACUACAAAAAUGCCGCCGAAUACCCCUUCCCCCGCUUUGCCCAAACCAAAGGACUUAACACACUCAAGUUCGGCUGUCCCACCACUCUCAGACGUCGAAUCCUCUGACGUUACGCCGACCCUCCGCCGAGGGAUGGAAAGAGGUUACGCCCUUUCACCAAUGAUCGACCCCGAAGAAACUAUGAUGACCGCUCUACAAGGCUGUGAAAGCCAUUCCCAGCUGGAAAUGGCUCACACUAUCCUGCUCAAGCGUCUCCUGACGGCUCAACAAACGGUUAGCAAGUACGAGGCUCAGUACCAAAAUACUUCCGAUAUGCCGUCAUCUCCUGUUUCAACAGCUCCAGAACUAUACGAUGAACUCGAACAACUUGAUGGCGUAGACAGUCACAUGAGGUUCAUGUUGCAAAGGAUACCUCGCCACCGAGGUCAUCUUACUCUGACAGCUCAAGAGGGAGUCUAUCAAGGCCUUGGCUGGGAUGUAAUUCAUCCUAUGCCGCCAAUACCUUCGGAUGUGGAGAGUCAAUCACAAGAGCCCCAACCUUUUGCGUCAUCCGAGCCGGAUACUUCGCUCCAAUCUAAAGUGGAAGGUAAGAAGAAAGUAGAAUGGGGCGAUCUACCCCCUUGGUUUGACAAAUCAUCAAGUGUGGAGCAAGGAAGAGAUAACGAAGAAGGACUUGAGCCUUCUUUUGGAUUUCACACCCCUUUCAAGCCCGGCACCAAGUUCUUCAAUGCUUCUAACGGUUCCGGCGCCUCCGCCCUCUUCUCCACGCCAGGAACGAUGCCAAUGACGGACGUUACGGUAGGACUUGCCACACCCUCCUUCACUCAGUUUGCGGACAACGUCAGAACGGUUCCAGUCGUUGAACAAUCGCAGCAAGCCUUGGUACACUCGAAGAACGUCCCAUCCGAUAGGAACUCCUGUAACGAUCCCAGCCAACUUCGUUCAAACAACUCUGCGCCGUUCAAAGGAGGACCCCCACCUGAUGAUGGUCCCCCAGGAGGGGGAGGAGGAAGUGGAGGUGGCAGAGGAUCAGGAGCGUCAAACAACGACUACAACGCCUCUCACUCCGGAGGGCAUUACCACCCCGGAGGGGGCGGCGGUAAUCCAGGGGGAGGAGGUGGAGGAGGAGGGGGAGGUCCCCCAUUUUCUGGAAAUCAGACGGGACCACCUGCUCCCUACGGCAAUAUCCCAGCGUCCAUUAAAACUGAAUUAAAAGUCGAACAACUCCUGGAGUGGGAUGGUAAUCAUUGGAUGGCGAUAGACUACUUUUGGGAAGUUCAACAGCUAGCGCAUUUGGGGGGUUGGAUCCCAGAAGCGCUAGGCUACUGGUUAUGGUUCCGCCUAAAAGACAAAUCACCAGUUAAAUCCUGGUUCAUUACCUUACCAUUGACGUAUCAAACUUACAUGCGUUCACAUUACCUCAAAUUCCUCAAAGGCAUUAAAGACGGUUACUUAGGACACCGCUGGCAACUCAAAAUGAACAACUAUUAUAAUUCGCAGCAGUUCCGCGAAAGGGGGCAUGAAAGAGAGUCCCCAUCCGAGUUCAUUGUCAGGCGUAUAGUAUAUACGCAUAUGCUGUUGUCCAUCAGCGGAGGGCCGUUAGAAGUCUUUUACAUUAUGCGAAAGGCUCCUAUAAGCUGGGGACCCAUUCUACUCAUGAGUAGUAUAAAGGACUCGAGCGACCUCUAUUCGCGAGUUACGGAACAUGAAGAAGCACUUUUGGAAGCAUACCGAGUAUCCAGAGGGGGACAGACACCCUCGAUUGAUAACAUUGUUAGCCAAUUGAGACAGAUGGGCGUGAUCUCGGACAAAGACAGAGCUACCCCCUCCUAUAAUAAUUCUAAUUCUAACUCCUAUCAACGCAGAGCCAACCUAGCAGAAUACUCUAAUGCGAACCAAAGCGCGGAGGAGGAAGUUCCUCCAACUGCUAUCUCAACUGCCCUCCCGACGGCUUUCAAAGACCUUUCUUCUAAUGACUAUAUUUUACGCGAGGCGUACCAGGUGUUAAAACAACGGCAACGUCCUCCACCCCCAGGGGGGUACCCUUUCCCGAAAAACGACCACGUUACAACGAAAAUGGGCAGAUUGCCGCCUUCGCCUUGCAAAUGUUGGGGGAGUUCGAACCAUUGGGAUAGGGAAUGUCCUGACUAUGACACUUCCCUCGAGAAAGCUAAACGCUCAGCCAACGUAGCAGAACUCUGGCCAGAAAAUGAAAUUGAGAAGACUUACGCAACAGCAUAUUCAGUUCUGCUUAAUGAAAGAUUGUCCGAAACGACGAUAAACCAACCCUUAUCAGAAGACUCUCUUGCUCAACAGGGUUUUAAAUCGGCAUCGUCUCUUUCACAGGUAACUGUGGAGGAAGCGAGUAAGCCCGGGGAGGCCUCAGUGAAGUCGGAACGUACGACCAUUGAGGAAGUCGAGGACAAGGAUUGGCUUGCAUACCACGCCAAACCGAAAUCCACGCAAUCCCCUCCUGCCCAAGAAUCGACCGAAGCUCUUCCCGAGUCUUCCGAAUCGCCACCGCCAAUUCCAGAGACCAAAGUCCGGCUAAAGAAGAGGCGUUUCACCCCAGCAGGAUCAUCGGCUGUUGGAGUAUCAGUAGUUGCAGCUCAAGGAUGGACAUCAGACUGGACUCCUGUGCGGACAUUACCUUGA